AUGUCUAACAUGGUAGGGUCUGGAGGUGGUGAGUUAAGAGCGUCGAUCUUUGGAGGUGAUAACUAUGAGUUAUGGAGCAUAAGAAUGAAAACCAUUUUCAAAUCUCAUGGGCUUUGGGAAUUGGUUGAGAAGGGGAUGGAGUGCUCAGAUUCGAAGGGAGGUGGCGAAUCUGAAGCAAAGAAGAAAGAAAAGAAAGAAUCGAGUGGUGCUGGGAAGAUGGCUGUCACCGAGCUACUCAUGAAGGACACUAAAGCUCUGGGUCUGAUUCAAGGAGCAGUGUCUGAUGAGAUCUUCCCCCGAAUCUCUCAUGAAGAAACCUCUAAGGGAGCUUGGGAUAUCUUGAUGAAGGAAUUCCAUGGUGAUAAACAGGUUAGAAGUGUUAAAUUGCAAGGUAUACGUAGAGAAUUUGAAUAUACAAGAAUGAGAGAUGAUGCGUCCAUUUCUGCUUAUCUUACCAAACUGUUUGAUCUGAUAAACCAAAUGAGGAGCUAUGGAGAGGAUUUAGCUAAAGCAAGGAUUGUUCAAAAAUUACUAAUCAGUUUGCCAUCAGCUUAUGAUUCAAUCUAUUAUGUUAUUGAGCAUUCUAAGGAUUUGGAUGAAAUUGAGGUACAAGAAGUGGAAGCUUCUUUGAAGAGUUUUGAAUUAAGGCUAGAUAGGCACUCUGGAGAUAAGACUGAGAAAGCAUUUGCUAGUCUUAGUGUGAAUCCCAAAUUAGAAAAAUAUAGUGGAAGUCAAAGUGGUUCUAAGGAUCAAAAGAAUUGGAAGACAAAAGGCAAAAAGUGGGAUAAUAAAUCAACUGAUGGAGCUAGAAACCCCUGCAAACAUUGUGGCAAACUACACUUUGGUGAGUGUCGGUUUAAGGGAAAACCAAAAUGUUACAACUGUGAUAAAUUUGGGCAUAUUGCAAAAGAUUGCUACAGCAAGAAACCAGCACAACAACUCAACUAUGCUACUCAGACCGAAUCCACACCAACCAUGUUUUAUGCUAGUAAUAAGGGUUCUGCUAGUGUAAAAGGAUGUGAUGACGUAUGGUUUUUGGAUAGCAGAUGCAGCAACCAUAUGACUAGCAGAGAAGAUGUAUUAUGA